UCGGUCCCGGUGUGUGUGUCGGCAGUCGGCAGAAUAAACGUUAGAGCGGUCUGUACCCAGACAGAGGGAAUUUGGUUAAAGCCUCGGUGAGGACUAAAGCAGUGUUCAGUAUCCUGCAGACCGACCCGGCCUCCGUGUGGGGCGCUGCGGCUCCGGCUCCAUGGCCUGAUCUGUACCGGGGGCGGACGGACCGGUUGCAGCUAAAGCCUUCGAGAUGCUCCGAGCUCUCUGCAGCUGCACAAUAACACCGUCACCGAAACCGGCCCGGGGACUCAGCUAUGAUUUUCAGACGGAGAGCCAGGAUGUUGCGGUGGCUGGUUUGUGGUCGUUUGGGUCCAGUAUGGAUGUGGAAGGCGCUGCUGCUCUUCGUGGCCAUUGGGUUUGCUGGCCAGCUGUUGGGGGUCAUCUUCAACAAGAGCAGUGUCCAGUCAGCUGGUCGCUCCAUCUUCUCUUCCCCCGAUGCCCAGGGGCCCUCUCUUGGCUCCUGUCAGCCCCACACCCACAUCAUGUUCCUCAAGACCCAUAAGACGGCCAGCAGCACCGUGCUCAACAUGCUGUACCGCUUCGGGGAUGAGCGUGACCUGCGUUUCGCCCUGCCACUGGGCUACCAGCUGGGCUACCCACUACCAUUCAACGCUCACAGGGUCAAAGGUUACAGAGGUCCUAGAGCCGUGGAGUUCCACAUCAUGGGCAAUCACAUGAGAUUUAAUAAGGCUGAGACAGAGAAGGUGAUGCCUGCAGACACCUUCUAUUUCUCUAUCAUCAGGGACCCAGUUGCUCUGGCUGAGUCCUCCUUUGCCUAUUAUAAAGAGGUUGCCCCUGCUUUUCGGAAAGCCAAAAGCUUGGGCGACUUUGCUGACGACCCUAAGAAAUACUACGACCCCCGCCUUCGCAACAACCACUACGCCCGGAACCUGUUGUUGUUCGACUUUGGCAUGGACCACAAUGCUAAUUUCUCUGUGGCACUGGCUCAGCGCGCCGAGGCCAUGAUCCGCCGCACUUUCAAGCUGAUUCUGGUGUCGGAGUACUUUGACCAGUCCAUGAUCCUGCUAAGACACGCCCUCUGCUGGCCACUGGACGCUGUCGUCUCAUUCAGCCUGAAUGCUCGGCAGCAGAAGCCCAGUGUCAUCGGGGGGAUGAGCGGGAGCUGGGUGGGCAAAGCGGCUGCGGCGGCCGGCGUUGGUGCUAGAGUGGUACGUUCCCAAGCCAAGAUGCUGACCAAUGUAACGGAAGAACAGCGGGAGAAGUUGCGGCAAUGGAACGCCCUGGACUGGCAUUUAUAUAAAUCCUUCAACCGAACCUUCUGGGACGAAAUCAAUAGGUUUGGUCACUCCCAGAUGGAGCAGGAAGUAGCUCUUCUCAGGAUGCGGCGGGAAGAUUUGGCUCGGGUUUGUCUCAGGGAUGGCGGAAAGCCUGUAGAGUCACACCGGAUCAGAGACAAAAACAUCCGCCCAUACCAGAGCGGAUUGGUGAAAAUUCUUGGCUACGAGCUCCAGCUGGGGCUGGACAACGCCACCAGGACGGCCUGUCUGAAGAUGAUCAGGCCUGAGAUCCAGUACAAGGACGUGCUGGAUGCUAAACAGUUCCCACGGGCUCUGCCGGCCCAACCCCAGCCAGGCCAACAGAACCCGGGCCUGAUGGUAGCAGCAGGUGGCUCUCUUUUAAGACAAGACUCGUCCAGGACAGGAGAGAGGCUGGUAGGGGGAGAGGCUGGGGGGAGGACAGUGGAGGAGGGGGAGAGGGACUGGGAUGGGAGUCGCUUAAUGAGGAGGAACCUGACUUUAUUACGAGGGCAAGAAAAAGGCAGAUGAGGUUGGAGGUGAGUCUCGUUCCCAAAUAUGGUACCUUUGGUCUUAGGACAUAUGGACUAAUGAAACUGAAAACUGAGCCAAGUGUGGUUUAUACAUGAGAAAACAAAAAGCUACUUCCUUUGUACUUCCACCUUUGGGUUGUUUGCUUGUUUUCUUAAAAACUUUCUUUGCUUUUACUUGGUGUCAUUCUCGUGGACUUGACCCUUGACUGCUGAGAGCCUGGGAUGCUUUCAUGGCAUGCGGUAACAAGUUGAAGAAAAGCGAAAGGGCCACUUUGUUUAUUUAGAGAAGCACUCUAAAAGUGUUGGCAGGCACAUUCUGCAAGGCUGUUUAUACCCUGUUCAUAUUAAUUUUUUUUUUAAGAGAUAUGAUGUUCACGUUGUCCUCAGUGCACAUGCUUGAAACUUCUUAACGUAAAGGUACAUUUAGCCCCAGUUUUUGCCUUUCAUGCUGUACCAUUACAUUAUGUCACUGAGCUAAGCACUUGUUUCCUCUUCAAGACUAUUUUAAAACCUUUUCCCAGAAUCCUCAAAGACUCUUUUUGCAAUCUGGCCAAAGAAACAUUCUGCUUGCUGCAUGAUACCUGUUUCCAAAGAAAUGUAUUAAUUUAUAUUAAUCAAAACAAAGACCGUAGCCGGAAAUGUCAUUUUUCCCUUCUCAAUGUAAAUUUACAAAUUUUAAUUAUUUAUUGUCAGUCCUACUUGUCUAUAUUGAUGCCAUAUUUUCCAUAUUACGCAUUUAUGUUGUAAAUGUAUCAUGUACAAAACAAGCAAGGAGAUAUGUUAUUUCCCUCUACCUGAGUAAGGAACCUUCCUAUGGAUAGAUUGUUUUUACAUUCAGGUUCUUUGUGACGAUUCUCAACGUUGUUAAACCACCUUCUGGGUUUUUCAAAGAUUGCUGGGUAUUUUUCAUAAAGCUGCAUGCUUAGCUCUGUGACUCUACAGUAAUACAUGAGAGGCACAAACUGGGGUUAACCUAUGUAUGCAACACUAAUUUUCCCUUGCUUAUAUGAUUUGUAAAGUCAGUAUAGGCUGGUAUUUGUUAAUGAACAAAAAGUAUUAGGAUCAUUUUCCUAUUUAUCUCUUGAAAAACACUUUCAGUAGUCAGUAUUGAGCCUGUGUAGAACCACUAAUGGAAACCGCUUCUUAAAUAUCCCUUCAUAGUACAAAAAGGGAAAACCGUCUGAGGCCUGUGCUUCUGCUCUGAACGCUUGAAUUUCAGCGGCCUGUAGGAGUCUGGUUAAUGUCAGCAUUUUGGCACAUUCCUCCCUUCGCUAUCUGCUGAUAUCCAUCUGUCGACACAUGCGAGAACAGUACCAUGGAGUUCCAUUCCUUUGUCUUAAUUUCAGGUAUUGAAUAUUAAAUAAUAAGUGUGGGCCAAACUACAUCUCAAGAGAGCUGCAUGUUAAAGAUGCACACCCUGAUUCUAUAUAAUUCACAAUAAAUCAAAUAAACUCCUCCAGAAUUCCUGCCAAGUAAACUUUGAAUAAUGGGCCUGCAGGUAUUCAGGGAAUUUUAGGUUGUUAGUGAAAACACAAAGUGAGAGUGUCAAAGUUUAGGACGAAAAAAACAAAUGUACGGCUAUUUUAAUGUCUAGAGUGCCAUGGUUGGCAUUGCAUAGCUUCUGUCGUGAUUGACAGGUCGGCGUGUAGCCACACCCCUAAAGCGUGCCCUGGUAUAACACCUAUUUUAAAAUAAAUGAAACCAAAAUUUACAAAAUUACCAUCUGUCUGUAUCGAAGACGACCUAAAAAUAGCAAUUGAGAGUACAAAUUCAAAAAAAUGAAGUCAAGGGUCCUUUUCUCAUAAGCUUCUAUAGAAAUUGACUUCUGAUAGAAUGCAGCUAUAAGGUACUUUCAGAUUGGCUUCACUUUUCAGGCUAGGAAGCCUGGUCCAAUCAUUUUUUACAGUCUGUGAUCACAUUACUGUUACAGCGCGGUCUUGGGACUUGUUGAUUGUCAUUGACUUGCUGCUCCAUUUAGAGUCAAAUGUUACAACAUACCUAGCGAAAAACCUAUAUCGAAAACAUCUUUACCUCUCUGUCAGGGAAAACCGUCCGAGGACAGGUUCUCACUUGUCUUGUGUCUUGUGCAUAUUGCCUACAGUCAAGUCAGAACAGAAUUCCCACGUUGUUACGUCAAUGUACAUGUGUGUGCUCGCUGUCAUCGCCUGACUGGUUUUCUAAACGGCUCUUGUCGAGAAGUCAAUGAAUACUAAAAACCGUGACCCUCACCUUGGCACAAAAUGUACUUGUAGUGUUUUCAACUGACAUUAGUGACUCUGUGGCAGCAGUGCCCCAGUCAGUGCACUCAGGGUAUGAGUCUUAGAACACUUGGCCAUCAGAUUGCAACCUCUUUUUUUGGUACCCGUCCUUUUAGAAGUUUCUGGAUUUUGUCGACUAUUUGUUCAGUGUUUCUGUUGUACCCCGCUGUAGCCAUCUCGCUCUGCAAUUGUUAACACAGUUUAUUCUCAAGUUCUGUGGAGGACCACAAUGUGAUCAAAGGAAAUCUUUGUCAACAUCUGUUAAAUUUAACAAAAGAUCAAUUUCUCCAUUUGUUCAUUUCUCUUUCAUUUUAUUUCUGCAAAAUCAGUCAUGUAUGCACCUGACAAACUAAACUGUUUGUAUUACAACCCUGUCCAACUCAAUUAAAUGUUAACAGGUAUGCACUGCUGUACAAUGUAUUACAGAUACAGUGUUGCCACGGAAGAUAUCAUAAUACUAUACUGUAUCAAUCCCCCCCCUCCCAACCCCUAAAGCUAAGCAUUUCAAAUCAAGUAAACCCUCGCUCUCUGCGAGUCGGCCCUUUAUAUAAGGCAUACGAAACAUAAAUAGAAACAUUUAUAGUUGAAUUUACAGAUUUAGGCAGUUCAUUGUGUCUGUAAUAGCAGUGGGCAGCCACUACUUGCAUUGACUAACCUAGUUGUCAUGUGGUGUGUCAAGGAAGCAGAGCAUAGAGAAAAACCAUGGCAGCACCGGCUGUGGGAAUUUCUGUGUAUAAGCAGUCAGAGCACUUCAAAGUGGCACAUGUGUCUGCUGUGGUUUCCACUUACUGCUGCCAGUCAAUGCAACACCACACAGUCUUUCCUGUGUUGAAAAACAGCAACGUGAACCAUUUAUUCACCAUGGUCUCAUUUGUGUAAAGUCAUGCAGUCAAGCAAUUUGAGAACAAUAUUUAUAGAUGGAUAUUUACCAGGUAUAGGUGGUCCAGGAAAGAAUUGAGCCCAAAAAAGAGCAAUGGCUAGCCAUCUCGUUAUUGCUUACAGUAGGUUUGUAUGCCAGAUCACAAUACUCAGUAUUGUUUAUUCACAUUUAGGCACUGUUCUCUUUUUUAGUGAAUAAUUGCAUGGACACCUAGCCUGUCAUGGAUCAUAUGUUACAGUUUAGAAGCUGCAGCUGAAAUAAGGAUUAGAGAGCUGAUAUCUGAAAGUAAUAUGCACCCUGUGACCAAUCACAAUUGAGAUUUCUCUAUGGCCAUAGAACCAGAGCGCAUUUAAGUCCCACCCCCUGCCGGAGGGGAAAACAACUCUCUUCUCCCCAUUGACUUUGUAUUGCCUGGAGGUGCCACCUCAAUUCCGUCUGCUAGCAAACAACAUAAAAAUGCCUAAAAGCUCAAGUGUGGUGCGAUACAAUACCAACAUAGUGAAUAACCCAUUUUUAUAAGCUGCCAAACCAAAAAACUGAGCUUUUAUGAAGACAAAAGUGGAUACAAACGUGAGGAAUCAGCAGG